UUGUGAACUGAUAAACAGCCUUCAUUACUACACAGUCAUAUCCACUUUCAUCUAAUCCUCCUAAUUCUUUCUCAAUCCUUACAUCUUUCAUCUUCUUAACAAAUUCAAUAACUAUAUUUUGCUUAUUCCCAAGUUUCUUUAUUGCAAGAGUUGGACAAACAUAAUUAAGGAAGGGGAUCAGUAGUGACAAUGGAGUACUGUGUUGUUUCUGAGCUUGAAGGAACGCUUUUGAAAGACCAUGAUCCCUUUUCCUACUUCAUGUUGAUAGCCUUUGAGGCAUCCGGCCUUAUCCGCUUCGCCCUUCUCCUGGCGUUAUGGCCUUUUAUUCGUCUACUAGAGGCAUUGGGGAGAGGGGACGAUGGGCUUAAGCUCAUGAUUUUUGUGGCCACGGCUGGGGUUCCAUUCUCUGAGAUUGAAGCAGUGGCAAGGGCCGUUUUGCCCAAGUUUUACUUGGAUGAUAUCAACAUGGAUGCUUGGAGAGUCUUUAGCUCGUACCCUAAACGAGUCGUUGUGACUAAAAUGCCUAAGAUCAUGGUGGAGAGGUUCGUGAUGGAGCAUUUACGGGCAGACCAUGUCGUUGGGAGUGACCUUUCCAUGAAUCGAUUUGGAUUUGCCACGGGAUUUCUGAAAGAUGAUUUUGGUUCUGUAGCUAAGAGGGUUGCUCAAUUGUUUGGAGAUGAUGAGAAGCCUUGUUUGGGGCUAGGAAGGCCUGAUUCCGGUUGCAGUUCAUUGUUCCUACCAUUGUGCAAGGAAGAGUGCCAUCCACCAUUCAUUACCAACCACAAAAACCACCACCAACAUCAAAUCAUCAUCCGCCCCCUCCCUGUCAUCUUUCACGAUGGCCGCCUCGCCAAGCGGCCGACGCCAUCUACCGCACUCCUAAUCAUCCUAUGGGUCCCUCUAGGGAUCAUACUGGCCGCCAUCCGCAUCGCGGUAGGCUUGAUGCUACCCAUGUGGGCAACGCGCCACAUCGCUCCACUCUUGGGCGGUAGGGUUGUGGUCAAAGGCAACCCUCCUCCUCCUCCCAGUCGACGUUCCUCCACUUCGGGCGUUCUCUUUGUAUGCACGCACAGAACCCUAAUGGACCCCGUCGUACUAUCCACCGUCCUCCGCCGCAGAAUUCCCGCCGUCACAUACUCCAUUUCCCGACUAUCGGAGAUCUUGUCGCCCAUCCCCACCAUCCGUUUGACAAGAAUCAGAGACGUGGACGCGACGAAAAUAAAACAGGAACUGGAAAAGGGAGACUUAGUGGUUUGCCCCGAAGGGACAACUUGUAGGGAACCCUUCCUCUUGAGGUUCAGUGCCCUAUUCGCAGAACUGACGGAUCAGAUAGUGCCGGUGGCGAUGAACUACAGAGUAGGGCUGUUCCAUGCAACGACGGCGAGAGGGUGGAAAGCCAUGGACCCGAUAUUCUUCUUCAUGAACCCAAGGCCAGUGUAUGAGGUGACUUUUCUGAACCAGCUGCCGGUGGAGGCGACGUGCUCGGCGGGGAAAAGCCCACAUGAUGUGGCGAACUAUGUGCAGAGGAUAUUGGCAGCAACAUUAGGAUUUGAGUGCACCAACUUCACGAGGAAGGAUAAGUAUAGGGUUCUUGCAGGAAACGAUGGAAAUGUGAGUAGUACUGAUGGAGGAGGAGCUGCGGGACUGGUCGAUGCUUUCAAGAAGAUAGUACCCAGUUUUAUUAUUCUUCACUAGCUAUACAUCAUUAUACCGCUCAAUCACUACUGCCUACCAUCUUAUCUUAAUUUCUUUGUAUAAUUCUUUUUUUGUUUUUUUCCUGGGAUUUUUAUUUAUUUUAAUUAUUUUUUUCUCUUUAAUAAUGUUUCCCUGGAAGUACUGUUGAAUAAUGUAUUGAAGUAUAAUAUACGUAUAUGUAUUGUGAUGUGUCGUACAUAUAAUGUUUUCACUUGUAAAUU